UUAUUUAUUAUUGUUUAUGCGUCGGACAGUGCAACAACAACAGACGGGAGCGAAGAGGACAGCAAGAGGAAAAGUGCGACUCAGCGAAAAUCAUUUGAAAGCGUGAAAUUUGAAACACAUGCACCUACUUAUAAACAUAUUUUAUUUACAUAUUGAGUGAGACACGACUGCUGAUGAAGUAGUAAAUAUUAAGAACGGGAAGCGAUAACAGCUGUGUCUGUGGGUGCGAAGAGCAACACAAAAUGCAACGCGACGGAGAUCAGCAGCGGCUGCUGGCUGAGGAUCAGCAGCAGCAGGACGAACAGAUGCUGGGCAGCGAGCACAUCGCGCCCGCUGGCAUUGGCUUUGUGCCCGCCUUUUCGCCACAGUACGACGUCGACGAUGACGAACGCUGCCUGCUCGUACGGGAACGGGAGCGGGACGAGGUGGUGCAGCUGACGAAUGCGCCCAGUGCAGGCGCCGCGUUAACCUAUUGCGUCUUCUACCUGCUCGGCAUUGGCACCAUGACGCCCUGGAACUUUUUCGUCACCGCCGAAGAUUAUUGGAAAUACAAAUUCCGCAACACAACGUUCAAUGAUACACAUCCCGAGGAGGAGCUGACGCCGCUCCAGAAGAGCUUCACCUGUGACCUGGCCCUGACCGCGACCAUUUCGGGCACCACGUUCCUCCUGCUGAACGCCGUCUAUGGACAUUAUGUGUCGCUGCGUGCCAAGAUGCUGGGCACGCUGUGCACGAUACUCGUGCUCUUUGGCAUCACCACGGGCUUCGUUGAGGUCGACACGGAUCGGUGGCAGGAGCAGUUCUUUCUUAUCACGCUCAUCAUUGUGGUCAUACUGAACAUUAGCUCGGCGACCAUGUCGGGCGCCCUGUACGGCGUCGCUGGCCUCUUUCCCUCGGAGUAUAUGACAGCUGUGGUCAGUGGCCAGGCGCUGGGCGGCAUACUCACUGCCCUGGCGUUCAUUUUGGUGCUCGCCUUCGAUGCGGGCCCCUCAGCCACCGCCUUUGUGUUCUUCAUCAUGGGCGCCCUGCUGAUCUUCUUCUGCAUCGUCUGCUACUCUGUGAUGGCGCGCCAGGCGUACUUUAAGUAUUAUCUGGAGGGCGGCGAUAAGUUCAAAGUGAUUAGCGCCCUGCCCGCGCAUAGCCGCAACGACGAGUCGGGCGUGCCCCUCGAGCCGAUGCUCAAGCAAGUGUUGGGCAAAAUCUACAUUCAGGCCGUCUGCCUCGCCCUGCUGUAUGCGACAACGCUCUCCGUUUAUCCGUCGGUGACGGUGCUUAUGCAAUCGGAGCAUUCCGCCAGUCACACCGAGUGGAGUGAUGUUUACUACCUGCCCGUUGUGAAUUAUUUGUUCUUCAAUUGCGGCGAUUACGUUGGGCGCCUGAUUGCCGGCUGGCUGGAGAGUCCCAGGAACGAGCAGACGACGCUGCUCUGGACCGUGGUGCGUGUGCUGUUUGUGCCCUGCUUUCUCUGCUCGAACAGCAGCGAGCACCACUUCCUGCCCACGCUGGUGCAGCACGACCUCACCUUCAUGGCCAUGAUCAUAGCCUUUGCGCUCUCCAACGGCUAUCUGACCAACAUACUGCUCAUCAUGGCGCCAAGAAGCGUCGAUCAGCAUGAGAAGGAACUGGCCGCCUCCAUAAUGGCCGCCUCCCUGAGCGUGGGCAUGGCCGUCGGCUCGUUGCUGAGCUUGGCAUUUGUGCAAAUGUUGUGACCGCCUUCUGGCCGCCCCUAUCCGCCCGUAUCCUCCCGUAUGGUGCCUUAGAAAUCUUUGUCUAUAUUUUUUUAACUAUCGAUAGCUAAUUAUAUAUAUAUCUAUAUUUUUUACAUAUAACCAACGUCCCAAUUUGUGUCCGUGUGAUAUUCUGAAAUGUAAUGCUCCAAAAUUAGCCAAUGUCUGUAAGACCUUAGACAUAUCAAAACGAAGUUAUAUGUGUUAACAUUUUACAAUCGGUUUUUUUUUUAUGACGUGUUUAUGAUUUAUGGCCACAUUUUCUAUGUAUAUACAUAUAUUUAAAGAAAAUGAAAAGAGCAAGCAAUUGAAUCAAAAAUAAAGUUAGUUCUUCUUUUUAAGGUAA